GUAGAGCAAAUUCAACUUUUGCUUUUCUUCCCACUUGCUCAAGUAUGCCUGUAUCCUUUGUGCUUGCAAGUAUCCUAUGUAGGAGGGAUUGAUGGAGCUGAUAUUAUUUCCAUUUUUUGUAGUAAAAAACAAAUCCAGGAAGGGUGAAGAUUAUAGCACAAGUACAUGGUAGAACCAAGAGCUGAGCCCUGUUUUGUUUUCUGUUUUUUUGUUUUUAUUUUAUUUUAUUUAUUUUUUGUUUUGAGAGAGAGUGAGAGGCUAAGUGGGGCAGAGAGAGAGAGAGGAAGAGAAUUUCAGGCAGGGUGCAGAAUUUCUGCACCAUCAGCCCAGAGCCCGAUGCAGAGCUUGAACUCACAAACUGCAAGAUCAUGACCUGAGCCGAAAUCAGAGACGCUUAACCGAUUGAGCCACCCAGGCACCCUGUGAGCCCUGGUUUCUUGACCCCUAGCUCCUGCAUAUUUUCUACCAGAUGAUUCUGUAGUCUCCAUGCCUUUGUUCUUAAAUACAGAUGCAAAAAAUUAGGUGUGUAGAUAGAUUUAUAGAUAGGUGGAUAUAUGGGCCUAUCUCUGAUCAAAUAAAUCAGAAUCCAUGAAAAUGAGACCAGGUUUGGAAACCACUGUUCCACUGUGUUGUCAGAAGUAAACCUAAAUCCAGGGGGGAGGCUCCUGAAGCCCUGUAACCUGAAGGGGUAGCUCUGGCAGUAAAGCACUGCAACCCACCAGCCCCAGCUUCUUCCAACCAUCUUAGUGCUUCACUGGUCCAGCUGACCUGAGAGACAACCAGACAGGAGCAUCCUGGACUCCAAUUCAAGAGAAAGAGCACAGGAGUGCUCACUGAAGUGAGGACAUCUGGAUUCUGAUCCCAGCUUGGCCACUAACUGUGUGUGGUCUUGGAAAAGGCUCUCCCAUGAGCUCAGUGUUCUGAGGAGAGUCCCUUGGUAAUGUCCAGGGCUCCAGGAAGAGAUGUCCUUGUGGCUGGAGGCCCCUGUGCCUGAUGCUUCUCCUGACUCUGCAGUGGAGCUGUGGGAGCCAGAUGCACAAGAUGCAAGUGGCCAGGCGCUGGGAGUCAGCAACUGCGUCCUCAGGGAGGAAGCCAGCACGCCCCAGUCGGCUGGGGACUCCCUGGGGGCAGGGCUGGAGGCAACAGAGCCCAUAGUCCUGCUCCCUGGGGUGGAUACCCCUCCAGAGUCUACAGAGCUCCGUCCGCAAAAACGGAAAAAGGGGCCAGCCCCCAAAAUGCUGGGGAAUGAGCUGUGCAGUGUGUGUGGGGACAAGGCCUCUGGCUUCCACUACAACGUGCUGAGCUGUGAGGGCUGCAAGGGAUUCUUCCGCCGCAGCGUCAUCAAAGGAGCGCGCUAUGUCUGCCACAGUGGGGGCCACUGCCCCAUGGACACCUACAUGCGUCGCAAGUGCCAGGAGUGUCGCCUUCGAAAAUGCCGCCAGGCUGGCAUGCGGGAAGAGUGUGUCUUGUCCGAAGAGCAGAUCCGCCUAAAGAAACUGAAGCGGCAAGAGGAAGAACAGGCUCAGGCCACAUCCAUGCCCCCAAGGGUGUCCUCACCUCCCCAAGUCCUGCCCCAGCUCAGCCCAGAACAGCGGGGCAUGAUUGAGAAACUGGUGGCUGCCCAGCAACAGUGUAACAGACGCUCUUUUUCUGACCGGCUCCGAGUCACGCCUUGGCCCAUGGCACCAGAUCCCCAGAGCCGGGAGGCCCGUCAGCAGCGAUUUGCCCACUUCACGGAGCUGGCCAUCGUCUCUGUGCAGGAGAUCGUUGAUUUCGCCAAACAGCUGCCUGGCUUCCUGCAGCUCAGCCGGGAGGACCAGAUCGCCCUACUGAAGACCUCUGCGAUUGAGGUGAUGCUCCUGGAGACGUCUCGGAGGUACAACCCUGGGAGUGAGAGUAUCACCUUCCUCAAGGACUUCAGUUACAACCGGGAAGACUUUGCCAAGGCAGGGCUACAGGUGGAAUUCAUCAACCCCAUCUUCGAGUUCUCCAGAGCCAUGAAUGAGUUGCAGCUCAAUGAUGCUGAGUUUGCUCUGCUCAUCGCCAUCAGCAUCUUCUCUGCAGACCGGCCCAAUGUGCAGGACCAGCUCCAGGUAGAGAGGCUACAACACACAUACGUGGAGGCUCUGCAUGCCUACGUCUCCAUCCACCACCCCCAUGACCGACUGAUGUUCCCAAGGAUGCUAAUGAAACUGGUGAGCCUCCGGACCUUGAGCAGUGUUCAUUCAGAGCAAGUGUUUGCACUGCGCCUGCAGGACAAAAAGCUUCCCCCGCUGCUCUCUGAGAUCUGGGAUGUGCACGAAUGACUGUUCUUCCCCCAUAUCUUCUGUUUUCUGGGCUGGAUGGCUGAGGCGAUCCUACAGGUGGAGCUGACUGAGAAGGGCAAACAUUCCUGGGAGCUGGGCAAAGGAGAUCCUCGUGUGGCAUUAAAGGAGAGUCAAAGGGU